AGGCGCCUUGAAGAAGGAGGCAGAGAAAGUGAGUUCAGGCGAGCGGGGCUGCAAGUCGGGUUUCACUCUGUAAGCACAAGAAGGAAAGGCUAAAAAAUGUGGAGAGUCUGGCUACUUAUCUGUUGGUGUUUAUCACAGCUGAGCAAUUUGCUCACACGUAUCUUUGGAGACUUGUGGAGACUUAUCUGUUGGUGUUUAUCACAGUUGACCAAUUUGCUCACACGUAUCUUUGCAAUAAUAACAAAUAAAGGGAACAUACCUGCUGGAAAAGAAAGGCGUAUUUGUGUGAAUCCUGAGGAACCAGAGCUGCGCCUCAUCCUUGUUGGGAAGACGGGAGCGGGGAAAAGCGCAACUGGAAACACCGUCCUGGGGAAAGAGUGCUUCGACUCCCGGUUUGAAUUCACCUCCGUGACACAGACGUGCCAGCAGGAAACCAGGGAGUGGAAGGGGAAGAAAAUUGUCGUGAUCGACACACCAGCUAUUUUCGAUUCUGCCAUUGGGAGGGAUUCCCCGGAGACAGACAGAUGCGUUGCUCUCUCCCGGCCAGGCCCCCACGCUCUGGUGCUGGUGACCCAAACGGGUCAUUUUACUGAGGAAGACUAUCAGUCCGCAGAACGGGUGAAGCAGAUCUUUGGCACUGAGGCCCAGAAAUACAUGAUGGUGGUUUUCAGCCGCAGAGAAGACUUGCGUAGUCAAAGCCUGGAAGACUAUAUAAAGCACUCAGACAAUGUCUACUUUCGGAAGUUUAUCCAUUCUUGCAAUGACCGAUACUGUGGUUUCAACAACAGCAAAACAGGAGAAGAGAGGGAGAAACAAGCCGAGGAGCUGCUCACUAAAAUUGAGGCGAUGGUGCGAAAGAAUCGAGACAAGCCCUACUGUGCUAAGGUCCCCGGUUCCUUCCCUGGCGGCAUCUCCAGUCAACAGGCCCCAGCAGGAACGGAUGCGCAUAACCUGGACGUGAGACUAACCUUGAUAGACGGAGGGGCCGACUCUGGAGAAGGCAGCGUUCUUUCCUGGCUGCUCAGGCACGUUCUCGCAGCGUUUGCCCGCCGCCGCCGCCGCCGCCGCGAUCUCCCCAGCGCGCAGGAGCCCCAGGACGCGGAGCAGCAUCGCCCGCCCGGCCGGGGAGGAGCGGGACGGGCGAAGGCCCCCUCCGGCUUCCCGGCAGGCGCCACCCCGCCGGCCCAGACACGCCCCGAGGGGCUCAGCCCUUCCCGGCGCACCGCGCUGAGGGCGACGCCGAGCUGCAGCGAGCACCGGCCAGCCGCGCGCCUUCCCCGCUGCCCCCUGCGGACCGUCGGGCCGGAGCCCCGCGAGCAGGCCGGCUUCUGCGCGCCACGUGCCCGUCGAAGAGCUCUCGCUCGCCUCGCCGCCGCCCGGGGCGCUCCUGCCGAGGCCCCGAUGGCCUUCCCGGGCGCGACGGACAACGAGCUGCCGGCGCUGGGCCGCCCUCUGCACCUGGGCAUGCUGUACGACCGGCGCAGCGACACCUUCGUCCCAGGAGUUACUCUUUGGGAUCCUGAGACGUUGCAGAAACAUGUCCAUGUGAAAGCACAGCCCAAGACCGAGUUUCAAGUCCUGGCUUCUGACAACUACGACAACUUGGCCUCUGCUCUCCAUCUCACGUUGCCACUUCGGGCUAGUCUGUUAGGGGGCCACAUUGACUUGAAUGGGUCUGCCAGAUACCUGAAGGACAUCAAGAAAUCCAAAAACCAGGUUCGAGUUGUCCUCCAUGCCUCCAUCACCACUCGGUUUGAGGAACUAACCAUGACCCAUUUAGGACCCCAGAAUGUCACCUAUCCAGGUGUCUUUGACCAGGGCGAGGCCACCCACAUCAUCACGGCUGUGCUGUAUGGCGCUCAGGCUUUCUUUGUGUUUGACCGGGAAGUGGCGUCAGCUGAGAAUAAGGAUGACAUUGAGAGGGACCUGAAAGCCAGCCUCCAAAACUUUUGCAACAAAGUGGGGGGUGGAGACGGGACGGCCAACGGACCCAAGAAAGAAAAAACAAAUGUGGAAAAUUUCAAAUGCACAUUUUAUGGGGACGUUACUCUUGAGAACAACCCAAUUACUGACCCGGAUGCUAUGAAGAUUUAUACUGACCUCCCCAAGCUGUUGGGUGAAAAGGGAGAGAAGGCCGUUCCCGUCAAGGUCUGGCUGUACCCUCUGACAAGGCUGGACCAGAGGGCAGCUCCGCUGGUCCGGGGGAUUUGCGCAGACCUCAUCACAAGAGCUCAAAGUGCUGUCGAGCAGCUGAGCGAUUGUGAAGCGCAGUGCCAAGACCUGCUGAGCACCAGCGAUGCACAUUUCCCUGUGUUGUGUGAGAAAGUCCGGCGUUUCCAGGACCUGUGCAGACGGUUCAGAGAGGCUUUCCAAGAGCAACUGGUGAAGCUCCUGCCCUCCAUCCGAGGAGGUGAACAGGAGGAAGGGGCUCUGAGGGACCUUUUAACCUGGAAAGAGCAGUCGCCGUUCCAUCCCAAAUGGCUCUCUGAAUUUUUGAACAAAAGGAGCGCAGAAGUGGAUUGCGUGAAGCUGUUCUGCACUAGGCUAGAGGGUGUGGACAUCGUCCCUUCGGAAAGUAAGCUCCAGGAAGUGUUGUUGGACCACCAGUUUAAGUUCCUUGUGUCCUUCACCUUCACAUCCUUGCACGUGGAGGAGCCGUAUUUCCUAGAACUGGAAGAAUGGAUUAGGAAAACCUCUGAUCCUGCACCCGCCAGUUCAGGGUACGAGAAAGGAAUUUCCAAGCAGUGGUUUGAGGAAGAAGCAGUGAUUAGAAAAGCCCGAGAAUAUACGAAGUCAUUCGUAGACUUUGCCAGUUCAAAUAAACAACAGGGCAAGAUCCGGUUUAUCAUCUCCUCUGUCCCAGAUGUGGACAAUCCUGGAAUUUCCAUUUACUUGUACAAAGAAGGACAGCUGAUCAGCCGUGACUUUGAACCCCCAUUCCAAACUCUUCCCCCUGUGGUUGGUGAAAUCAGGCAUGACAGUGUGCAGCUCCGGUUUGAGCCAGCAGUGGAUGGGAAAGCUCUGACAUCGGGUUUUGUUGUGGAGUACAGGAUCUUGGGGCAGGAGGGCUGGAUGGAGCUGAGCACAACGGACAGAACAGAGACCUUUGUUGUGGGAAAUUUACUCCCAAACACCAGUUACCAGUUUCGCUAUGCCAGCCUGAACAAACCAAACCGUGGAGGGAGCAGAAGGAAGAGCCCAGUGGUGAAAACUCUUCCCACCAGCCCACCGGGAAAGCCUCAAAAUACAGUUGUAGCCUCUUCUGCCAUCUGUGUUACCUGGAAGAGUCCCAGCGUCAUUGGAGAGGGAGUGGGUAUAAAGGAGUACAAGGUGAAGUAUGCAGAGGAGUCCGUAGAGGGAAGCAAGAGCGGGGACAGCGGCUGGACAGUUGUGACCGUGGGAGAGAGCAGCAGGCGUUGCCGGGUGGCUGGACUGAGACCGGAGACUCCUUACAGGUUCCGCACGGUGGCUGUGUCCUCUGAUGGGAGGGAGAGUGCCCCCAGCGAGGAGGCUGUAAUUGCAACCCUGAGCAAGGAAGAAAAUGUCAGCAAACGUUCAAAUUCUAUCCAGAUCCAGUCUCCACUUCCAAGGACCCCCCGUCCAGGAGAAGGGAGAGAACCAGAACUGAGGAUCGUCCUUCUUGGUAAGAGGAGAAGUGGGAAAAGUGCCGCAGGAAACACCAUCCUGGGCCGGAAGGAGUUCAGGGCUGCGCCUGAGGAAAAGUCGACAACUUGGACGUGCCAAAGAGGGUGUGGGAGCUGGAAUGGCCAGAAGGUCUUUGUGAUUGACACGCCGGCAAUUUUUGAUUCAGAAGUCUGCAACCAAGACUCUCUCGUGGAGAGCGUGCGCUGCAUCGAGCUCUCCAAGCCUGGUCCUCACGCCCUGGUGUUUGUGACUCAGGUGGGCCACUUCACUGCGGAAGACAAGGCAGCCGCAAAGCGAGUCCAGGAUGUCUUUGGCACAGAUGCCACCCAGCACAUGAUUGUCUUGUUCACCCAGAAAGAAGACCUCGGAGGGCGCUCCGUGCGAGACUAUGUAGCACAGUCAGAUAACGAGGCCCUCCAGGAGCUGGUUCAGAAAUGCGGGUACCACAUCUGCGCGUUCAGUAGUAAAGCAACUCGGGAAGAGAGUGUGCAGCAGGUCUCUGAGCUGAUGGAGAUGGUCCAGAUUCUGGUUUGCAAGAACAAAGGAGAACAUUACGUCAAUGCGCUGUACACCGAGGACAGCUUAACAGAGGCAAAGCUCAGGUGCUAUGUGGCAUUAAACAGAAAGGCCAGGAGGAGUGCAGAGAGGAAGUGUUUUCUGAAUUAAGGUGACUACAUGGCAGAGGCUUGCUUCAUGCGCUGUGGCCCGUGUGGUUCCUGUCCUCUGUGGUUUCCAGAGCUUCUCCUCUCUCUCUCAAAUAGCUCUGAGGGUUCCUCAAUUUGUCUUUGCUUCCAAGUUUUUCUCUUUAUUCUCAUAUUUGUUCACAACCCAGUGAAUACUGUUAGCAUCACCCCAUCCUCAGGACCGCGUGCCAGUCAGAUCAGGAUUCCUUCAGUGAAUCCUGCGUAUAACAGCAGGGCCUCCCAGUGGCACUUUAGGGACCAACAAGACUUUCAGGGUAUAAGUAGCCGUUGCCCUUUGCGGCUCAGCCGGAGCAUUUGGCGCGGCCCGUUUCUCUUUGUAGCGUCCAGUCUGUCUGCCUUGCCUUCUUUCUGUGUUUUUUGCCUGUGUGUGUUUUACUCUUUGUGACAGCUCCACAAGUGUGACACCUCCUCUCACGAAAAGGAGGCUAAACAAGGCCGGAGUCUGUGCUGGCCUUUGCUAGCGCUGCAAAACUGCAAGAAAGGCAGACUGCGGAGGGAGGGA